GCUUCCGGGCUGGGCUGUGGGCGGCAUUCUGCGGAAUGGGGUCUUGGCAGCGUUGGCUGCGCUUUGGUGGGGCGUCGCUCCGGGGUGGUGGCGGGGCCUGUGUCCCGCUUGGGGGAAGCCACUCGGUGUGUCGGCGCCAGUUAUCUGGCGCUGAAAAUGAGACCCUAAAACAAAGAAGAACACAAAUCAUGUCCCGAGGACUUCCAAAGCAGAAACCAAUAGAAGGUGUUAAACAAGUUAUAGUUGUGGCUUCUGGAAAGGGUGGAGUUGGAAAGUCUACAACAGCAGUUAACCUUGCACUUGCACUAGCAGCGAAUGAUUCGUCAAAGGAGAUUGGUUUGUUAGAUGUAGAUGUAUAUGGCCCAUCAAUUCCAAAGAUGAUGAAUCUGAAAGGAAAUCCAGAAUUAUCACAGAACAACCUAAUGAAGCCUCUUUUGAAUUAUGGUAUUGCUUGUAUGUCUAUGGGCUUCCUGGUUGAAGAGACUGCACCAGUUGUUUGGAGAGGCCUUAUGGUAAUGUCAGCCAUUGAAAAACUGUUGAGGCAGGUAGAUUGGGGUCACCUGGACUAUUUAGUUGUUGACAUGCCACCAGGAACUGGAGAUGUGCAGUUAUCAGUCUCACAGAAUAUUCCCAUUUCAGGUGCUGUGAUUGUCUCCACGCCCCAGGACAUUGCAUUGAUGGAUGCACACAAGGGUGCUGAGAUGUUUCGAAAAGUUCACGUGCCCGUUCUGGGCCUUGUUCAAAAUAUGAGUGUUUUCCAGUGUCCAAAGUGUAAACACAAGACUCAUAUUUUUGGUGCUGAUGGUGCAAGGAAACUAGCACAGAUCCUUGAUCUUGAUAUUCUAGGUAAGACCAUAGAA